AGAGUUCCCAGAGAGUGUGUGGACGCAAGUCAGCCAGAUGGACGAGUGCUACCAUGCCCAAGGAUCCAAACACGGGCCUUAUUAACAGAAUGAAUAUAGAAGCACAAUUUAGUCAUAAACUUAAGAACGUUGGGGCUGUGUCACCAGAACUCCUGUGAAGACGAUUCUGAUAGACAACAGCUUGAUUGUGAAUUUCCCUUUUGUGGAACAGGAAGGCGAAGGAAUGGCAGGUUAGAAGUAAAGCCUGGAGGCACGUGCAGUGCCCCGACCCAUCUCCCGUGCUUCUGCUGACGUGUAAGGAUGUCUUUCCUCCCGACCCGGCCCGGGACUGCACUCUGAUGGCAGGUCCUCCAUGGAGUGUGUAAACCAGACCGUGGUGAAGGAGUUUGUCUUCCUCAGCUUCUCGGCUCUGGCUGAGCUGCAGCUGCUGCUCUUCGUUAUCUUCCUGCUCCUCUAUUUGUUCACUCUGAGCACCAAUGCCGUGAUUCUCUCCACCAUUGUGCUAGACAGAGCCCUCCACACCCCCAUGUACUUCUUCCUUUCUGUCCUCUCCUGUUCGGAGACCUGCUAUACCUUUGUGAUCGUGCCCAAGAUGCUGGUUGACUUGCUGGCUCGGAAGAAGAGCAUCUCGUUCCUCGGCUGUGCGGUCCAAAUGUUCGCCUUCCUCUUCCUUGGCUGUUCCCACUCUUUCCUGCUGGCAGCCAUGGGUUAUGAUCGCUACGUGGCCAUUUGCCACCCUCUGCGCUACACGGUGCUCAUGGGACACAGAGUGUGUGCAGGGCUAGUAGCUGCUGCCUGUGUCUGCGGCUUCACCGUGGCACAGAUUAUCACAUCCUUGGUGUUUCACCUGCCCUUCCAGUCUUCCAACCAACUCCGUCACUUUUUCUGUGACAUCUCCCCUGUCCUCAAGGCGACUUGCCCCCACGCCCACUUCACUCAGAUCGCCAUCUUCCUGCUCUGUGCCUUGGUCCUGGUUAUCCCUCUGUUGUUGAUCCUGACGUCCUACAUUCACAUCAUUUCUGCCAUCCUCCAGUUCCCUUCCACGUUAGGCAGGUACAAAGCAUUUUCCACCUGUGCGUCUCACCUCGUUGUUGUCAUAGUCCACUACGGAUGUGCCUCCUUUAUCUACCUCAGGCCCAAGUCCAGCUACUCCUCAAGCCAGGACGCUCUGAUAUCCGUAUCCUACACUAUCCUAACUCCAUUGUUCAACCCAGUGAUCUACAGCUUAAGAAACAAAGAGUUCAAAUCAGCUCUCCACAGAGUUAUAGGAAGAGCAGUUACCCUAAGACAAUGCUAAUUUGUAUCCUGCCUUUUUUCAAAUAACUAAGAGCAAUGGACACAGAGGGAAAUUCUCAAGAUGGAAAUAACUAAGCAAUUGAGCACUGUGCUCAGAAAUAGAGAAUGUUUUUCCCUCAUUCCAAUACAGACUUCAGAAACACACAAUUUCUUGCCUUGGUGACAUGAAUUAUUGUCCACUAAAGAAUACUACAUGGAGUCAGUGUUGUGGCUAGUCUCAACUGUCAAUUCAAAUAGGAUCUAGAAUCAGCUAAGACACAUACUUCUGGGCAGAUGUGUGAAAACAUUUCCAGAAGGGAUUAGCUGAGGGGGAGAGCU